AUGUCGGCGGCGUUUGAUGAGGAUUUUCCGGUGAACGGUGAUGAGGAAGUGCAAACUCCAUGUGUAUCUCCAACACUUGAUGCUCUACGUAGUAUAUCUACGGUUGUAAAGCUGAGCCCGAGACCACUGAGCUCCAAUCCUAUCCUUGAUUUGCCCAAAUCGGACCAUUUUAAUUUUGUUGCAAAAUCCUUAUCAGAUGCGGUAUUACGUCCAUGUCAAUACGCUCUUGACAAGCGGUAUGAUGAAUCCAUUCCCGUGCGCACUUUGAGACGUUCUAUGAGGGAAAAUUCGAAAUUAAAUGGUGAUAAAUGCGCUCUAUUGGAUAAGAAAAUGACUCUUGGCUCUCGACCUUUCACCCAAAUUCGUCGACUUGAGAAUAUUGCUCCUUGCCCGAUAAGCCCACUUCCACGCAUUACCUCGUAUUCCUCGUCCUCUGGAAGUCUUAUUGGGCACAUCAAUGGCUUGUCGUUUGAACCAAACGGAUUUAUAAUGAGCGACAGUUUAUCGUUCGCCAACGGCAUUUGCGAUCGUCCAUCGGAUGUGCUGAAAGCUUGCAGGUCCGCGGAUUUGUCCCAGACACUCAAGAAUGGAUUUGACGAUUUCCCCUCUGAGAUCACUGUGGUCAAUGCAUCCAGCUCUGUGCAUAUCGGUGAAGAUGCUGACGACACUGAGAAGGUACCGAAGUCUGCGCCUGCCUUCCUCUCUUCUUCACAGCCAGCCUGUUCAGGUAACUGUGAUGCAGCCGAUUUAUCCAACGUGGUCGAAGAUGUAGAAGUACGGUCUGGAACAUCCGACACUGGUGAGAGUAAUGUCAGUGGAACCGACGGUCUUAGGAAGCCCAGACAUUCCAAACGCUCAAGACGCAAUCGGUCUACCAUCAAGCAGACUACUGCACAAUCUGUGGGGGUUAAGAGCGAACCUCCCCAGUCUGUGCUAGAAUCCACCAAAGAACCUGAAAACCAGAUGGUGAAGGAAAACGAAGACAUACCAGAAGAGUCUACGCUCAACGAGUCUAAUAAUACGGAUGUAAAUAACGAAGCCACCUUGAUUAACAGGGUUGUAGAUAUGAGCCAGCGUUGCACUACUACUGAACCACCCGAAAUUACUCAAGAAAUGCUAUCUACCGAUCAGCUUCCCAUGGAGGACUCCGUCGCAGCCGAUGGGGACUUCACUCUUGUCACAAACAAGAAACAUAAACGGCAGCAGAAACUCCAACAACAACUGCAGCAGCAGCAACAACAACAACAAGUUCAAGCUUGGAUUCCUUCUGCUCGCACUCCGCCUGUUUCCACCUCUUUUAGACCACAGAAGCCCACUACUGCUAAUGUUAGGUUACCAGUGCCUCCAAACCAGUCCUUGUCGGUGAACAAGGCGCCGGCCUCACCAUCAUUCCGCCCAACAAAUCUUCCACCUGGCGAUAGACGCAGAUUUGGCAACUUCAGUCGUCCUAAUGCACCGCUUCUCAACCAGGUCCGACGUCUAACUCCCAACUCAGGGCCACAUCGACCGUCCACAAACUCUUCCGACACAUCAGUUCCGCCAAUCAAAACAACCGUCUCUCCACAACCUCUUUUGGAUUGCAAAGUGCCGCAACCAUUGACAAAGGCCCAGACCAGCGUCCCAACUGAAAAACACACGGUUUCACAGCCAUCCUGUACAGAAGUUCCGCGGGUUGCUACACAUCCCUCUGUGCCACAUUCAACGCUUUCUAAGUCUGAUUUCAACAACCAACCACUGAUGGGAAUCCGUCCUGUUCAUUAUCAACUUUUGUUAGACUUUCUUCUAUCCUCUUGGAGCGCGUUCAGAAAGAAAUCUACCGGUUCAUAGAAGUCACCGACUAUCUAGGUGUACUGUGACUCAGCGACAACGACCAAUGGAAUGCCGUUGUCUUUCAAGGCAUCGCAGUUGCCGUGUGUGUUGUUGAGGAUUCACACUUAUCGGCCAGUUAUUUUUUAGCUACAAUUACGCAAGUGCCUACUUGCCGUUUAAUCGGUCUCCUUUUUGCCGGAUUUCCUAGAUCUGCCUUUCACUUACCCACACACCUCCCGAACACGUAGACAUUAGAUUUAGUUUCUUAUCAUUUUUGUAGACAUAUACGUACGCCAGUUGUUUUGCUAAAUUGUGCGUUCACGAACACAAUGGUCUUUCUAUCUUUUGGGCGGGAUGUUGAUUUGUUCCAAUCACCUUUUCUUUGUUUGCGCCCAUCGUUGACCUUGUACUUGUGAACUCAUAUCUACUAACCGGCUGUUGUUCGAUCCCGGUUCGCAUGUAUAAAGUUU